CAUGUUAAUCAUCUCAACGUCACAAACACAUUUGAACGAAACUUCAACAUAAACAAGUUCGGUCAAGACGCGACCAAUUUGGCUAUUGAAGAGUUACUUCAAGUAUCCGAGUAGGUCAUUUCUUUUAUUCAAUUGCUCGAUUACCUAGUACCCUUUUAUUAUCUACUCUUUUACGAUUACGAUCCCGCAUUUGCACGAGUUGCACGAUUUUCUCCGAUUGAUGCACGAUGGAAGGCGCAAGUCCCCCGAAGCGUAUGACGCGUGCCAGAGCAGCCGCGAAGGAUGCUGCUAAAGAUGCCGUCAAAGCCAAUGCCAAUGCAGGAAAAGCUACUGCGGCCACAACCUCGACCAAAGCAAAAGCUGCAUCUACGUCUAACUCUACAUCUUCCUCUACCUCUACUCCUGCACCAUCCACUACCUCCGCUACAUCCACAAAGUCUACGACCACCACAAGACCUGUAACCACAACUACGACGCGCACUGCUACUAAGCGAAAGGCAAGAGAUGACGAUACUGAAGACGAGGACAAUAAUCUACAAGUUCAACAGCAGAACGCCAUGAACAAGCCUGCACGAACACGAGGACGGCCGAAGAAGAUCACAGAGACUCAGUCUGAACCGGAGUCUGCACCUAAGCCGGAGCCUUCGGUCGAAGGUACAUCCACCGCUUCUACUAAAGCUUCACGUAGCAGAGCAAAGAGACCAGCUACAGCUGCGACUACGACUGCUUCUAAGCCAGACCCACCUAAGACUACACGCGCAAGCACGCGAACGCGCAAGACAACUACAACCACGACUACUGACGAUGAAAGUGAUGGAGAGCCAGCAGCCAAGCCGGCAACAACUAAACCAGUCAGAAAGACUACGCGCACCCGUGCUACAGCAAGCACCAAGGCAUCAGCGGGUACUAUCACUAAUGCCGUGUCCACUGAACCCACUCCGGGUCUAAAGUCCGCCGUCUCUAGACCUGCAUCUAGAAUCGGAGGAGUUACUAAGAAGACAGUGACAUUCCAAGAACCAGAGAAGGAGAACAUGCUACCUCCUGCACCUCCUAAGACUAGAAGCAAGACUACCGAACCUGCCACGGGCAUGCGCGCAAAGCCUGUUCGCAAGCCCGCUGCCAGCACGAGAGCUACCAGAGCUAGUGCAAGAACAGCAACGGCCAGUGAGAAGCGAGAAAAAUCUCCUCUGAGCCCUAAGAAGGAUGCGGAGAAUCUCCCAUUAUCACGAGACGCAGACUCAGAUGACGAACUUGCAACAUUAGAGAAGACUCCACUCAAACCCCUGAUGAAGAGCCCCGUAAAGCCGCCCAGCAUGGCUAAGAAGCAUGAACUUCAGCCGCCUAAGGAUGAGGAGGACGACCUUAAGGACGCUCAAGAGCCGACAACUACAUCAGUGUUCGGCAGCCCAGCCCGUAGACCACCUUCAUCUCCGUUUAAGGAUACGAUGAAGUCUCCUGCUAGAAAAGUAGAGGCAAUUCCAUCAUUACUCUUCUCCACCAAUACCGAUCAGCAGGCUACCCAGGCCCCAUCCAAGCCUUCAAUUCUGCAAUCUCCUGCCAAGCGACCUCAGUUGCCCAUUAAAUCACUUCAACCCCCGUCACACGAGUCUACUGGCAUUAAUCAUUCUCCAAUCAAAAUAUCACUCUUGCAAUCGCCGGCAAAGCGCCCCAUGUCACCUUUUAAGUUACAGGGACACCCCGUGCCCAUGUUCGACAAUAGCCCCGAUAAAUUGUUUGCGCCGAAGAUGUCUCCCGUCCAAGAGAAGGUACCGGCCAAAGAGGUGCAGCAACCUACCGAGCAGCCGGAGGCGAUGGAUACUGAGGAUGAACUCUCAACGAAUGAAGAAGAUGAAGAACCCGAGGACGAGCACGCCCAACCUGAAUCUCCAUCAGUGCUCACUUUCCCAGGCCGUCUGUCAGCCGUCCUCCCAAGACACGCGGACCCAGCCCUUCGUAAGAACCCUCUUCCUGCCAAGAUCGCAGAGACGACUCGACCUGAAUCUGCUCCCAUCAGCCCAGUCGAAGCACAGGAGCCCGUAGUCGACGUAGCUGUAAAUGAGUCUGAUGCUGAUGCGAUGGAGAUUGACGAAGAUGAGACGAAGCAAGAAGAGGUACCCAGCUUAGCAUCAGCUACACCUCCAUCGGCACCUGAGCAAGCUACAAAGCCAGCUCCCAGUUCAGCGUUUGGACUACGAGCUAAGGACCUAAUGGAUCACGAGGUGUCCGAUUCGGAGGAUGAACUUGCACCUAGCGAAAAGGCGGUUACCAAGUACCAGGAUGACACAACUUUUACUCUAAGCGCCAUCCCAGCAACUCCUACUCCUAGCACUUUCAAGACCUUCCGACCUACAAUGCCAUCUAGUGCAGCUAAGGCGGCAAGCCGUGCUAUUCGAUCUGUUUCUAAGGGGUCCAAGCUCGGUUUUACCCCUCUUGCCAGCCAACUGGGCAGUUGGAAAGCAUCGAGCCCAUCGAAGCAGAGCAGUUCUCAACAGACGUCUUCACCCGAUCUUAAGGACGAGGGAUAUUCGUUGCUUAAGGACAGCGAUCCCUCGACGACUGGGUCUACACCGUCUAAGGGAUUCUUCGACGAAGAGAUGAGAAUCCGCGCGGAGAUGGAGAACCAAGCCGCUAUCGAGGCGGCCCUCGAAGCCGAGAUUGAGGCGAUGUACGGGGACACGGAACCAGAGUUCGAUAACAUUCCUAUUUCUGAUGAAGAUGUCCAACUCGCUCAUGAGGCAAACGAGAUGUCUCUUAUCGAAGAAGAUGCUGUCUCGGAAGCUAGCCAGGAGUAUGGAGACGAAAAUGCAGUUCCCAUUGAUCCUGCUCUUUUUGGAUCGAAUGCGCGCCGUCUCGAACCAGUGACUCCGAGCCGACCAUCUGCACCUAAGGCUUUCCACACCGUUUCGAAGGUGCCGCUGAAGCCAGCAGACGAUUCUACUCCUAGAAUUGUCAAGAAGCGCAGUGCCAGCGUGUCAAAGCUUCCUCCUACCGACCGUCCGGGUGGUCUCUUUAGAAAUGCGACCGUCAUUUCGUACUCUCCUACCAAAGAUUCCUCUAAGAUGGAGAUCGAUGGUGAAGAUGACGAAGUUCAAUACCCUCCGGUCACUCCUACAAAGACUGACAUCUGGUCCUCCAUGGGCACUCCUGCCCGCACUCCUCGCCGCGAUCUUAACAUGGCGCUACUCCGAGGUGCAGUUGUCUUCGUGGAUGUACACACGAGCGACGGCGCAGACGCUAGUGCUGUCUUCGUCGAGCUCCUCCAACAGAUGGGUGCUCGAUGUGUCAAGAGCUGGCCCUGGAAUCCUACCAGCCCUACUGGUCCCGAUGGAUCAUCCAAGGUGGGAAUCACACAUGUUGUCUACAAGGAUGGAGGCAAGCGAACACUGGAGAAGGUGCGAGAGACCAACGGUGUUGUGCAAUGUGUCGGUGUAGGCUGGGUCUUAGAUUGCGAGCGCGAGAACGAGUGGCUUGACGAGUCUCCAUACUACGUCGACACUUCGCUGGUCCCCCGCGGAGGACACAACCGUCGCAAGAGCAUGGAACCUAAGGCACUCGCCAAUUUCAACGGCACACUGGUCACUCCGAUGAAGCAAACUGGCGGAUCAGCCCGUGAGUGUCAGACGGUACCGAACAACCACAUCAGCCGCAGAGACAGCACAGUCUGGAUGCACACCCCCUCGGACCACGACGAGGACGAGGAUGCGCCUUGCGACCACGACUGGGAUAGGGAGAUUAGUAUGCUCACCCCAGUGCCCAAGACGCCUGCCCCAGAGGCCGUCAGACAGUUCGCGAUGGACGUCACACCUGACUCCUCUGCCAUAGACGACAGCUACGGCGAUUUCUCUCCGGAGAAGGAGCUAUUAAUGCGCACCUGCCCUCCGAAGAGCUACGCAGAUCUAGGCGAGGGCGUAUUGAAGCGCGAGAAGGAUCAGGGUAUCCUGAUGCGCCUCAUGGCGGCUCGACGCAAGAGCCUCCAGUUCGCGCCCAAGGUCGCGAGCCCCCUCUCAAAAGCUUGGAAUUAGGAUGAAACGAUUAAUUGAUAAGGGAGAAUGGAAUUGAAAGGAGGGGUUAGCAUUUUUCGGUGUUAUGUUUGCGUUGAUCAAGAUUCACCACGGAUUCACAUUGGAGGCGUU